UGGGCAACUUCUGACCCAAACACCCCUUUACGUUGACUGUUGAAUCCGGCCGCGCUGGAAACGCAUUUAUGCUUUUCCAAGAAUCAUGGGCCAAUGCUUUUCCUCGAGAACACAAGCCACUCCCAUCGUUGCUGCAGCUGAAUCGCCGCCAUUAGGGAAGCUUGGAUUGGAGGAAAUGGCCAUGGCGACAGGAAAUCCCAUCAUCAAAGUUGCAGCCGUCUGUGGCUCUCUCCGCAAGGGCUCCUUCAACCGUGGCCUCAUCCGUGCUGCUGUGCAGCUUUGCAAUGAAUCUGUCAAAGGGAUGGAAAUUGACUAUGUGGAUAUUGGGGACUUGCCUUUCUUGAACACUGAUCUUGAGGUUAAUGGGACUUAUCCUGCUGAGGUGGAGGCAUUUAGGUCUAGGAUUCUUCAAGCUGAUAGCGUCCUCUUUGCUUCUCCUGAGUACAACUACUCUGUCACUGGACCAUUAAAGAAUGCCAUAGACUGGGCAUCAAGAUCGCCAAACGUUUGGCAAGAUAAGCCAGCAGCUAUAAUGAGUGCCGGAGGUGCCUUCGGGGGAGGACGAUCCCAGUACCAUCUGCGCCAAGUUGGAGUUUUUUUAGACCUGCAUUUCAUCAACAAGCCGGAAUUAUUUGUUCAAGCAUUCCAACCUCCGCAGAAAUUUGACAGCGAGGGGAAUUUGAUCGAUCCUGAAACUAAAGAACGAGUGAAGAAUCUUCUAUUGUCAUUGUAUGCAUUUACCCUCCGGCUCAAGAACACUUGUUGAUUUGCCAAAAUGUCAUUUGUAUGGCAAAUUCUAUCCAAUUGUAAUAAUGUUCAACAAUUUGUAGUUACACUUGGACUUUGUAUGGAUCAUGCUUGUCAUGGGCUUGAAAGACUGUUGUUUAUCUUGGUUUGGU